CGCGCAAGUGCGAUCCAAAUCUCAUUUUUCCACUUCGAUCUCUUUUUGAUUUCUUUGCCGCAUCAUGACAUGAAAUGAACGUUUUGGCUCCAAAUUGGAUUUCUUUCUCCGUAUUCCUUUCGCAUCGCCUUCGGCGGUGAUAAACGAUCUGUAGAAUCAGCUGACGCCUUCAUGUAGAAUCACGUGUGCGCUUUAGGUCUUCUUUUUAAUUACGUUUUCUACACUUUUUCUCUUCCUUCCUUCUCUCCUCAAAACGCGAAGAUAUGUCAGCUGCGUUUCAAGCACCGGAAAUACGAUUGACACGAUAACAAUUAAUGAUAAUAACAGAGGACACACAAUUAAUAAUUAAUACAUUGAAUAUAUAUCGAUUGAUUGCGCUUUCUUGAAAAUGAGACAAAUUCAUGUUUCGUAGCGACAGAAGAGAACAAAAGUGCAUUCGCUGCACUUCGGUGCAUCUACAGAACUGACUUGACGCACGUGAAUGCAUGUAGUACACGCGUGCAUAUCUGUCAUUGACGGGACAUUGUUUCUCCAUACGAUCUGUAGAAUUACGGACCGCGAGAAAAAAGGGGAAAGUGUUCCCUCGAACGCGCUCUUCGCGUCGUUCGAUCCCCCCCGAUGUCGUUCACGCGACAAGAAACACGUCGCGACAUGAUGCGCAUGUCAUCGCGCAGCUGUCAUCCGUAAACAACCCGUUAACAGAGAGCGGUGUCAGAUGCUCAAGAACUGUCAGAAACUGUUGGAAGUCUGGAGUUGGCACGCUGCUCAGUCGAUAUCCUAUCACUGACUGUUUAUCCAUCUAAAAUCUACAUAGUAAUAAGUGACUUGAUCGUUUUUGAAACCAGGAUGUCUGUUACCGAAGAGAGAAUUCAAGAGUUAAAUCGGCGUUUCCUGGAUUUUAUGAGCAAAGCAGAGAAUGUCGAAACAGCAACGAAAGAGAUUUAUGAAGAUUUGUUGGAUGAGGUUUUGAUGGGUUUUGUCUUUGAUGUGCAUCGUACCACCAAGACUGGCAGUUCUGAUAUUGAGGAGGGCAUUCCCGAUGACGAAUCUUACGCCAUUGUCGAUUCGCCUGGUCUAGAUGUAUUUGGCCAACACCCGGUGAAGAAAUCUCAAGAGUGUAACUGUCCGAAUUGCGAGCGCAGUGUGGCCGCGUGCAUAUUCGCUAACCACCUAGCGAAGUGCAUAGGUAUGGGCAGAAACAGUUCGCGUAUCGCGUCGCUUCGCAUCGCCAACAACUCCAAAGACCUGAACAAUUACGGGGGAGUAUUGAGCGACAACGAUGACGACAUGGACUGGAGUCUGACCAACGAUAGCGGCAGCAAACGUAAACGUCCGCGCAAGGAUCGCAACGGCGUGAGCAAGCGUUCAGGCAAGCAGCAGAAGCAGCAGGGAAGCGCUGCCGGUGGCAGCGGUUCGUCACAGAGAAACGGCGAGACCACUGGCAUCGUCAGCGGGAGCAGCAGCGUCCACAGCAGCAACGAGAACUCGCCGUCGAAUUACGAGAACAUGUCCCUCGUGGACAAGCGAGCGUUGCUAACGCAGAUCUGCGGCGUUGUGUCCGAGCACACGAAGAAAUUGUGCACCAGGUCUAUCCGAUGCCCGCAACACACUGACGAUCAGCGUAAGGAGGUACGCGCCAAUCUGGAUUCCAAUAGCGGUAGCAACAGCCAGGACAAUCUACACGUCGACGUGGACACGUAUGAGGAGAGUGACGGUCAGAAUCUGCGAGACACGUUGGCGAGAUGGGACCGGGAAGGUUCGAGUCACUCUAGCCCAGCCGACUCGGCCUCGACCACGUCGACCUCGUCGAUCAGCCGAAAGCGGGAGACUAAAUCCAAGGGCAAGGGAAAGGCUUCGUCGAAGCGCGAUCGCGGUUCCCCGAUUUCGCAAGGAGACUGAGGCGGGAAAAGACGGUAUAAGAUUAUUUCUCGGUCUAGAAUUAUUUCUCGGCGACAGAGAAAUAUUGUAUGAUAAUGUUCCUAUACGCUGUACAUAGCUUAAAGAAGGGUCUGGUCCUUCUAGAGAUAGUCACGAAGCCAGUUUGCAUAAUACUUAAUCCUAAAUAUCUCCCAAGUGUUCUUUUAUAAUAAUUAUUUUUAAGAAAAAAUAAACAGCUGUAAGAGAGUUUCGAAAGAUGCGCAAGAUAUAUUAGUAUCUUUGAUCUGAACAAAUUGACUGUAUUUAACAUAUAAUAUAAAGAAUUUCAUUUUUUAAGCAAUAUACAUUUCUUAAAAUUUUCGUGUUUC